AUGGAUGGGGCCAGGCGGGGGGUUGUGGGGCCCGCGGUGAAGAGACAUAUCAUGCAGGAGGCGAUGAAUUCCUGCUCUUUCCCAAAGUACCACGGCAAAAGAGCGGUGGCUGAUAACGUGUCCAGUGGGCCGGCCCCAGUUGGGCUGCAAGCCCAAGAUACCCACCCUCCCCUACUGUCUUCUUCCUCCUCCCUCCCCCUCUCCGUGAUCAUGCUAACGUGA